UUAGAGAACAUAAGAUAAGAAAAUAUCAUAUCCAACUUAAAAUUUUAAGGUGUUAAGUUAAUGAGUCUCUCAUCUUAUAAAUUCCUCACUCUUCUUUAUUUUCUUUUCUUUGAUGUGGGACUAAUUUCAAUACUCCUCACACUUGUAACACUAACACUUAUGCCUUAGAUGAAUUAGCUCUUAUCCUCACGAAUUCUGCUGAAUUUCUUGUGGGGGUUACUUAAGUUUCAGUUUUUAUUUCACAGCUUGCAGGCAAUUCAGUGUUUCAACUUCCAAAUAUCAAUGGCUCUUCAGCUUCAUGUUCCUCUUUGUGCUGGGCUCUUGAAGUCAAGGUCAAGGGUAUGCUCACUGCCACAGCGAAAAGUGAGUACCUUUGCUACUUUUUCGCAACCCCGAAGCGAUUCAGUGAACUGGGUUGAAGCUACAAACACUUUCUUCCUCCAAGACAAACGACCCAUCAUGUUGUUUGACGGUGUCUGCAACUUGUGUAAUGGUGGUGUCAAGUUCGUUCGUGAUAACGAUCGAAAUAAAACAAUCAGAUAUGAAGCUCUUCAAAGUGAAGCUGGUAAAAUGUUACUUAGGAGAUCAGGAAGGGCUCCUGAUGACAUCUCAAGUGUUGUUCUUGUUGAAAAAGAUAGAUCAUACAUCAAGUCAGAAGCUGUAUUGAAGAUAAUGGAGUACAUAGACUUGCCCUUUCCUCAGCUUGCUGCACUUCUUAAAUUAGUGCCUCUGUUUGUGAGGGAUUUUGUUUAUGACAAUGUUGCAGACAAUCGUUACAAUGUUUUUGGUCGUUCAGAAUCAUGCGAAAUAUAGCACUGUCUUGCAUUAAUAUAUACUGGCAAUAAUAUGCUAUGUUUAGAAAAAUAGAGUUCUUUGUUGUUAAUAUCAUUAUAGUACUAUUAGUAGUAGAAUAUUCUCAAUUGAAGCACCAAAGUUUCCUCAAA